AGGAUUAAAGUUGAUCAUCAGAGUUCCAUUCCCACCAUUAAAAAGCAGAAGAAGAAAGGUUCCUUACCUUUCUCUCUCCACUCUUUCUCUCUCUAAAAGGCUUUCUCACGCUGAAGCUCCCGACACUUUCUCCCAAUCUUAUCGAAUUCAGGCUAUAAAUCAUAGAUGCGUGAUAUGUAAAGCUGAACUCUGAACUCCGAGUGCAAAUUGUCAGGAUUGCUGAUAGUGUUAAGAAGAUUAUAGCUGUUUUUUAAUCUUAUGAAACUGUCUAUAUAACUUAGAAGCUUUAAUUAUGCCGAGUGGGUCCGUAAGACGAGUUUCACGUCAGGAUAUACAACUGGUGCAGAAUCUUAUUGAACGAUGUCUGCAGCUGUAUAUGAACCAGAAGGAAGUUGUGGAUACUUUAUUGGAUCAGGCAAAAAUAGAGCCUGAUUUCACAUCGCUUGUUUGGCAGAAGCUUGAAGAAGAGAAUCAAGAAUUUUUCAAGGCUUAUUAUCUCAGAUUGGUGGUGAAGCACCAAAUCAAUGAAUUUAACAGGUUGCUUAAACAACAAGCACGCUUGAUGCAUCAAAUGCAUCCCAGUGGAGUUUCUCCAAUAACUACGUCUAAUGGCUCCAACAUUCCACCAUUGCACCAGAACUCAGCAUGCUACACCCCAGAGCAUGUAGGACCAGCUCUAAAGCCAGAAAAUAUGCACCGUGCAGUUGGUUCCUGCUUACCAAAUGCAUUUACCAAUGGUGGGUCCUCAAUGCACACCGGUAUGCACAAUGCUGUUGAGAUGUCUGCUCAUGCUGGUAGGCUUGAUACCCCACAAAACAUGCUCUCAACUCAGAACUCCAACAUGGAACUGAUGCAAGGAAUGAAUGGUGGGAUUAUCAAAUCUGAAGUUGGUGGGAUCAUCAAAUCAGAAGUUGGUGGAAUGAUCAAACCGGAAGUUGGUGGGGUCAUCAAAUCAGAAGUUGGAUAUUCAAGUACUCCCUACCUGUUUGGCGCUGAAAACAAUGUCCUGGAAGGACGGCCAAAUAUUGGAGAUGUGUCGGUUGCACAUUUCAGUAGUGUAGAUUCUAAUUCACAACCCCUGAAUGAUUCUCUUCUUGAUGCAGACACUUCUUCAUUUGGAUUUUUAGGUCAGAUUCCUCGGAAUUUCAGCCUCUCAGACCUGACAGCUGAUUUUUCUCAGAGUUCUGAUAUACUGGAAAGCUAUUCUAGAUCACCCUUCCUGGCACCAGAUGCUGAAGACUUUCUGGAUUCUCGUGAAAGAGGAGACCCUCAAGGAGACAGUAAAAGGUUGGACACUAUAUCGGAAGGAUUGAGUUAUGAAGAUUUUGGCAGUGAGGAGUAAAUAAAAUUGCAAAAGCUCUAAUUUGACCGGGGGAUCGGUGUACAUAACAUUAUGGGCUUGGAUGCUUCGGCAUCAUGAAUUUUAAACUCUUAGAAGGUAAUGAUUGGUGUGUAAAAUUUCGCUGACGUAGUGAUGAAAAUUGACAUUAGAAUGGUUCUUUAGAAGAGGGAGAAAAAAGGUUUUCAAGUGGUCUUGUAACCAUGUAAGACAUGGAAGGUUUUACUGCUGGGUUUGACGAUAAUGGUGUGUUUUUAAUUUAAGUGUAUGUUUUAACGUUUAUGUAUCAUAUUUGGCGUCAACUAUAUAAGUUACGCUUUUGCUUAUGCAGUCGGAGUUCGUGACAAUUGGUAGACAAAUCCUACUUGAAUGGGAGUAAGUUUUGAUUGUGUCUA